GCCACUGAACGGUGGGAAAAGGUUGCACUGGUGUUCUGUGGCGUGUUUUCCCUGACAGUACAGACAGACAGCAGCAGCAGCAGCAAACCUCGGGACACCGACCGUCUCCACUCACUGACCGCCGGCGCUGAGCGCAGCCGCCGGGCGAGCUGCGUAAACCCCCCCCCCCCCCCCCCCCCCGGGAGAAAACAUCAGGAAUUAAACCGUGUUUUCCCUUAUUUUCCCCUUCUUUUCUUUAACUUUUUGUAGACCAGCUUUUUAAAUCGGAAUCACCAGACAUGAUGAAGCGCGUCCUCGUGUACCUGCUGUGUGGAUUGUACGGAGUUCUAGCCAAAGUAAAAGCUCAAAAGGGAAACUACAGCGUCCCAGUCCUGGAUGUGAUAAGUCGACAGCUGAUCGUAGACGCCAAUCAAACUCUGCUGCUCAGCUGCAGGGGCCGCUGGGAUCUGAUGUGGACGUACCCAUCAGGCGUGGUGAAAGAUCAGGUGCGCGUGGAGGAGUCUCGCUGUGGAAGGACGAGCCAUCACUACUGCAGCCGUCUGGUGGUCAGCCAGAGCCGAGCCCAGAACACGGGCCUGUUCCACUGCAGAUACAGGCACCGGCCUCAGAAACAGUCGUCUGUUUAUGUGUAUGUCACAGACAGCCAGCAACCAUUUGUGGAACAUCCUGACAUUAGCCCAGAUGUACUGUACCUGACGGAGAAGCAGUCUUUGGUUAUCCCCUGUAGGGUCACCCACCCUAAUGUCACCACCACACUGGUCAAGUUCCACCUCCAGAGUUGGAGCCCGGACCAGAGGAACAUCACCUGGAACAGUAGACAGGGCUUCACCAUCCAAAGUCCCAACUACUUCCACACCGGCCCUUUUCACUGCCAGACGGUCGUCAACGGAGUCACACACCAGUCCAGAAUGUACAUUGUCCACAGAUUAGUGACCAACAUCAUGAAGGUGUUUCUGAACGGCAGUAACCCCGUGGAGAACCUGAAGGGACGGAGACUGGUCCUGAACUGCACUGCCACUGCAGAGUUGAACACCAGAGUGACCUUCAGAUGGAGUUAUCCAGGAAAGAGAAACAACACUGGGAUCAUUUCCAGGAAAAUUCAGAAUCUUAGAACGCACAUGUUGUUCUACAGCAUUCUGACCAUCCCCAAACUGAAGAAGACAGACCGAGGCCUCUACACAUGUCGAGUCAGCAGUGGUAAAAAUGUCAAAAAAACCAACGUUACAGUCAACGUCUACGACCGACCAUUCAUCCAUCUGAAACCCAAAAAUGGAUCCGUGCUGGAGGUUAAAGCAGGACAGAAAUUGUAUCGAGUCGCCAGACUAAAAGCCUUCCCUAAACCUGAGGUCAUCUGGCUGAAGGACGGCAGGGUGGCGGCAGAACAAUGCUCCAGAUACCAUGUUGAUGAAAAUUCACUCAUUAUUCGAGACGUUGCAGAGGAGGAUGCUGGGAAGUACACUGUCCUAGUGAGAAUCCAGGAACACGGACUUCAACAGAACUUCACACUGACUCUUGUAGUCAACGUGAGUCCACGGAUAGGAGAGAAAGCAGUCCUGGUGCAGGACCCAGGUUCUGUGCCGAGGGGGAGCAGACAAGCACUUCACUGCACGUCUCACGGAGUCCCUCGACCAUUCAACACGUGGUUCUGGCAUCCCUGUCCACCUAGAGGCCGGUGUGUGUGUCCAACGUCCUCCCCGCUAUGGCGCGCUGUGAUGGAGAAUCCUCCCAACAAGACCGCAUACAACCCCAUCCUGAGUGUUACUCACAGACAGGAAGUGCUGCAGGGGAAGGAACGGACAGUGGGGGUUCUGACCGUGGCAGAAGCCUUCGUCCCUGGAGUGUAUCGCUGCGUUGCCUCCAACUCUGUCGGCUCGGACCAGCUUGACAUCCACUUCUACAUCACAGACACCUCAGGAGACAUUAGUCUAAACCAGCAAGAGGAACCAAUAGAGGGCGGUGACCUCCACCUUACCUGCGUUGCCAAUAAGUAUCUGUUUACGGCGUUGAAGUGGCAGCGAGUCAAUAACACAGGAGGCGUCCUGGCCGGAGACCGUCGGCUCACAGAGGGGGUGUAUUCCAACUCCCUGGAGCUGUUGCUGAGAAACCUGACGGCCAGAGACUCUGGGAUCUACAGGUGCUCCGCCCGACACCUCAUCACUGGACGGAGAACUCAUCGGGACACACAGGUGAAGGUCAAAGUCCUAGAGCCCCCGGUGCUGCUGACUAAUUUGACAGAUUGUACAGUCAACAUCAGCAGCUCAGUGACCCUCCACUGUCCAUCUCAGGGCGUCCCACCCCCGACUGUCACAUGGUACAAAGACCAACAUGCUCUGACACAAGGAUCAGGCAUCGCCAUAUCACCAGACGCUGGGGUUUUACAUAUUGACCGAAUCACAGUGGAGGACCAGGGGCUGUACACAUGUGAGGCCACCAAUGACAGAGGAUCUGUGGAGAGCUCUGCCCAUAUAUGGGUCAACAGUACCUCAGAGAAUUCCAUUUUGGAAAUCCCCCCUCUGGUCUGUACCUGUGUAAUGGCCACUCUUCUGUGGAUAUUGCUCACGCUCUUUAUACGUAAACUGAAGCAGUCCAGCAGCUCACGUUCCAAACCGGAGUACCUGUCAAUCAUCCUGAACACCGGAGAAGGGCCGAUGGAAGAGCAGUGUGAGAGACUGCAGUACGACCAGAGCCAGUGGGAGUUUCCUCGAGAGCGACUCCAAUUAGGGAAACCUCUGGGCCGUGGAGCCUUUGGUAAAGUGAUGCAGGCAUCUGCGUUCGGUAUCGACAGCGCCACCAGCUGCAGCACCGUGGCGGUGAAGAUGCUCAAAGAGGGUGCUACAGACAGCGAACACAAAGCCCUGAUGACUGAACUCAAGAUCCUCAACUACAUUGGCAACCACCUGAAUGUGGUCAACCUGCUGGGAGCCUGCACCAAACCAGGAGGUCCACUCAUGGUCAUUGUGGAGUUUUGUUGUUAUGGAAAUCUAUCGACCUAUCUGAAAACCAAGAGAGAUGUGUUUUUCGCUGAAGGCAAAGAUGUUUAUGGCACCGGUGAGUCUGAGAGUCAGAUCAGCCUGAGAACAGAGUUCGAGUCCAGCGACAAAAAGGAGAAUGGCCUCGAUCCAGAAUCGAACCCUCCUUUAUUCCUGGAGGAUCUCAUCUCCUUCAGCUUCCAGGUGGCGCGGGGAAUGGAGUAUCUGGCCUCUCGCAAGUGUAUCCACAGAGACCUGGCAGCCAGGAAUGUUCUGCUGUCUGACAACAAAGUGGUGAAGAUCUGUGACUUCGGCCUGGCCAGAGACAUCUACAAAGACCCCGACUACGUCCGCAAGGGAGACGCCCGCCUCCCCCUGAAGUGGAUGUCUCCAGAGUCCAUCUUUGACAAAGUGUUUACCACGCAGAGUGACGUCUGGUCUUAUGGCAUUCUGCUGUGGGAGAUUUUCUCCUUGGGAGCUUCUCCGUACCCUGGUCUUCACAUCGAUGAAGAGUUCUGCCACAGACUGAAGGAAGGAACCAGGAUGAGAGCUCCAGAGCACAGCACACCUGAGAUGUACAGCACCAUGCUGGCCUGUUGGGAGUCCAGCCCCUCAGACCGACCCACCUUCACUGACCUGGUGGAGACUCUGGGAGACUUGCUCCAAGAAUCUUCUCAACAGGACGGUAAAGAUUACAUUCCUCUGGGAAGUUUCAUGGAUGGAGACAAAGCUCGAGAGAAGCCAGUCACGGUCACAAACCUGAGUUACAUGCGCAGUAUGGCCAUGCUGCAGACGUUUGAGGAGACUUCCUGUGAGGAGCCAGACAACCUGGAUGAGGAGCAGAGUGACAGUGGAAUGGUUUUACCUUCUGAGGAGCUGAAGACCGUCAGCUGGAACAACCACAACACAAAGACAGGGAAACUCAGCAGAUUCUUCACCUUUAAGUUCCAUGGAACUCAGGGGGCAGUUCUCUGUGAUGACAUCACAGAUCUCCGUGGGAAUGAGACGUCCAUCCUUCCCGAGAACUGGGAUGUUGACGAAAGUGACUCCCCACCUCCCGACUACAACUCUGCCUUUCUCUACCCCUCCCUCUAGCAUCUGUUGUUGACAGUUAGAAUUUCCGCUGCUCCACUAGACCUGCUGAUUUAAUCUGCUACCUCUGCGUAUUACCUUUCACCACAAUACCUCCUCUGUCCUCCUCUUUAUUGUCAUGUUUGACAUGCCGUGUUUCUGAAGCUGUCUUUUACUGCACCCAGGGUCGGUGGCAGAUAACCAUUACCUGACAGUAUCCGAUGCCUUAUGAAGAAUGUGUUAAGCAGUCUGCUGUAGGAGCUUAUUAAACUGGUACCUCGUGCACUGAGCUUAGUGAGGAGGAACUCUGCUGUAUCUAAUAAAUGUUCCUCCUUCACAGCCACUAUAUGCUGGAUUUAAGUUAGUACCCACGGCCCUUUACUGUGCACGUACGCAGAAUGUAUCACUUUACAUCACCCUUAUUAUAUUUGUGGAUAUUCUCAGUCAUCCAGGUCUUCAAAAUAAUCUCAAAAGCAUGUUUGAGUAGGCGACUGGACUCACCUUAACUAAGUUGACAACGUUUCUGCUCUCAUCCGAGAGGCUUCAUCACUUCUACUGUCCUGCUGGGGAGCUUCCAGGUAUUGAACCACCCCAAAUGGGGGAUGUGGUGUUGAGUAAAGUGGCCAAUAUGACCUUUAAAUUGUCAUGUCAGUCGUUGGCCCCAUGGUGGAUCGUUCCCCCUCCCUGUCCUCUGGGUGGGGGUCACCCACCUACAAUGCUGUCCUUAGUUCUCGCCACCAUAGUCUGGAGAUUGCUACGACCCAUCAGACUCCUAACAAACUGUCCCCACAUGACCCUGACGUACCACCCAACAGAAGGGACCUGACGUAGCUUUAUUUUUUUCAUCACACCCAUAGUAUAUAUUUGCUGUACUCCCCUCCACCAGUUAGAACUGAAGAAGCCUCUUGCAUGAGAGGCAGGGCCAAAGUGGGCCCCUUUUUCAGCCCGGGAGUUUCAUGCUCAAACCCGGCCCACUCUGCUAUGGAGUAUAUAUAUUGGAUAUAUAAUAUAUCGAAAAUGAAAUACAAUAAAAUCUUGUUUAAAACUGAA